AUGGCCCCCUCAGCCGGCCACAUCACGGAUCUACCGGCCGAGGUCCUCCACAAUGUAUUCGCCUGGCUUGACCCUGCCAGCGUGCUGACGUCGGCUCGGGUAUCUCAUCUGUUCCGUGACUUGAUUGUUGGCAACGGGACUUUAUGGCGAGAUGUGUAUCUGCUCAAAAUGGAUACGCCGGCACCAGUGGCGGGUAUCGAAUGGGAACAGGAAACGUUGGAUCUGGUAAGACUAGACACUAUCUUCCACUCCAUGAUCACCCAAGACGUGGAUCUGUCCCAGCUGGAGUUUGUGGCCAAGACUUGCAUCCGCAUCCUGUCCCGGGCCUCGCACAUCAACUCCCUGGAGAACCUCUACUCGGGUUCCUCGUCUGCCAACGUGGCCUACCUGCAGUCACUAUUUGGUGAUGGCAUCACCGGCAUGGCCUUUCUCCAGCAAAGCGGGCUGUUUGAGCACAUUCGAUCAGGGAAAACGUGGUAUAGGCGUGGUGUCAAUACACCCGGCGAGAUUAGACGAAAGAGACAGCUAAGCGCCAAGCUACACACGCUUUAUGGACAGCCCAUCCUGAACUAUGGACGGACGCGCAGCUGCAAAACUCAUCCGUACGCCGUGAGCCGGGUUUACGAUAUCCGGGGGUUCACGGAGGACAAUCGAUGGGGCCCCUGGAACAGCGACGGGACAGUGGACUGGGAAAAGGUGGAGGCCAUCAACAUUGUGCUCGGCAAGAACGUCAAGGGCCGAUGGCCGGGGGGCAAGAUUUUUGACGAGGUGUGGGAUUGUCCGUUUGGCGGUGCGUACAGGGGGGCAUUUGUGCCCAAGAACGAACCAGACGACGACGAGCUGGAUGACUUGGACAAGCGCGAUCCGUACGGCGUGUCGGGAUCAUGGUACCGAAUUGUGUGUUUCUUGGAUUACAGCGAUUUCUUCCACUUCAACUUUACGACACGAAACGUCCUGGACAGCGUCGCUAUGCCUCCAUUGCACGCAGGCGAAGCGACGCGCUUGAUCAUCAUGGAGAUCAAAGUGGUGCGGAUCGAACCACCAGGACCGGACGACCAUCCCUCCUGGCCAGUGGUUCACUACGAAGGCGAGUCACGCUCACUGGACGAUAUCUUUGACGACAAUGCCAACUCUGAUCUCCGAGGUACUGUCCGGAUGACAAAGGGGCUUGACGUACGCUGGACGAGCGUCUCCGUGUUUGACGGCCAGGAGCGCUGGGCAAGCGAGGGCGUGCAAGUGGCUGGACCAAAGUCGGCGCGGGGUGUGCUGGGGACGUGGUUCGACCGGGACCACGAUCCCCAUGGUCCUGCUGGGCCGACGGCUUUUUGGAAGGCACGCGAUCAGGAGGAUCCGAGACGGGCGCUGAGAGAGGGCGUGCGGAUUGUGAGAGGGGAUCCCAGUUGGGUUGGUCAUCUGCUCGGGGAUGACGAGGACGAGGGCGAAGAGGUCGGGGUGGAGGGGAUGAUGGUGUUCGAGGAUGACAUCGAGGAGGACCUGGGCAGUAUGGAGGAGGGUGAGAUGGAUGGGCUGCUGGAGGAUCAGGAACGUGAAGUGACCGAUUUGGCCGGUAGACCAGGGAAUGGGCCCCCCUCAAGCUGA